CUGCAACAACGCGGUUUCCAUAUAUCAUACUUUUUUUACAUAGGCACUGGCUGCCUUAAAAAAGAAAAUUCCUCCCCAUUUGUUCCAUUGUCUUUCUUUACAUUCUCAACGAAUCUAAUCUGUCAUCGGAUAACAGAGAAAAAGAAAAUUUUCGGGUUUGUUGGAAUCUUCAUCUCUUUGUUUCUCUCAUUGAAGAAAACCCAAGGCAGAGAGAUUGUUUUCCAUUGGCUUGAAAGAAAGAAAAAAGAGGAGCAAUGUGUCCUAUGAGGUUCUUGCUGGUGUUCUUCUCUGCAGUUUUAGCAGGGUAUGUUGCAUGGAGGACGGUUCGUUCAUCAUCUGACAUCGACGAUGUAGUUUCUGAGGAUUCCGACAAGAUGGUUGCCAAAGAUAAACAAGAAUUCAGUUUCAGAAGGAUGGUUCAGAAUGGAUUCUGGGUAUUUGUUGACAUGGCUAGUGGGAGGUAUCUGUGGAGGAAUCUCAAGGAAAUGAAGAUGGAUGAAAAAGUAAAGAACAUUUGACAGUUUUGACAUAUUGUAGAAGUAUGCUCUAGCUAGUUUUUUCUUCUGUAAUCAAUAACUGUACCAUACAAACAUGUUAAUUCUUUCUUGUUCAUUUCCAAGAGAUGAAAUUUUCACUCAUUCUUAGAUCUUUA